GAGAAUCGACCUUCCGUUAGUUGGGUAACAACUCUUGGGGCGUUUUGUACCGGUGUCAGCUGGCGACCUCUCUCAUCACUCUUACUACAGACUCAGGUACUACAGUUUGUGUCGGCGAGUGUGAGAGUCAAGAUGGUGGGCGAAUAUGUAUGCACACUGAGCGAGGAGCUGCAGAAGCGGGCGAAAGAGGAGAUCAACGAGGACCCAGAACGGCGAGCUGAGGACAUCCAGCACAUCAGGGACUGGUUGAAACACCAACCGCACAUCAAGGCCAGGACAGAUGACUGGACCAUACUGAGGUUCCUGCGAGGAUGUAAGUUCUCACUACAGCGCACUAAGGAGAAGACUGAAAUGUUCUACACGUGCAAGUCCCUGUGCCCUGAAUGGUAUAAAAACCGCGACCCACAGGACAAGAAAAUGCGUGCCAUCCUCGAACUUGGAUUGGUCAUGCCACUUCCACCAGUGAGCGAGAGUCAGCGCAGGGUGAUGUUGGCUCGACCUGGACACCGUGACCCGACCACUACCUCCAUGGACGAUGUGGCUCGGACAAUACUCCUCACCUUGGACUUACUACUGGAGGAAGACGAGACAAUAGGGGUGACAGGAAUGCUGGUAGUAAUGGACACGGGGGAGAUAACUUUCCAACACGCGGCACAGAUGACGCCAACAAUUAUGAAGAAGAUGGCCACACUUAUUCAGGAGGGAUACCCGCUGCGGCCCAAGGGAGUUAACUACAUCAACACCCCCGCUGCCUUCGACACUGUGUUUAAUAUCAUGAAAUCUUUCAUGAACGAGAAGAUAAAGAGGAGGACCCACAUCCAUGGCAGCGACUUAGACAGUCUGCAUAAAGAAGUACCCAAAGAGGUCCUACCAGUUGAGUACGGUGGCACCAAUGGGACCAUCGAAGAUAUUAAGAAAUAUUGGCUGCAGCGGGUGGAUGCUCGGCGGGACUGGCUCAUCGAGGAUGAGCAAUAUGGUGUGGACGAAUCUAAGCGGCCUGGAAAAGCCAAGACCUCAGCUGACCUUUUUGGUAUUGAGGGAUCCUUCAGGAAACUCAAUGUUGACUAAACUUCCAGUCAUUCUGUUUUACACGAUCUUGGUAGAGAGAAGAGGUUAUACAUGUGAUAACUUGCGACAAAGAUUUUUCAGAAGAAUGAAGAUGGAGUGAAGACAUAUUUAAAGAUAAAUAUUUUAGCCACUUUAUUACUCAGUUUAGUUUGAACACUAAUGAAUACAGUCAAUUUGUUUACACAAACAUAAACAGCAGUUAUAGGUAAGACAAGAGAGGACAUCAUAACAAUAUAUGGCACUCAUAUUGUCUAAAGCCCUAGACAGUACACUGUACUGUAUUGCUCAUAAAUGAGAUCAGCUUGAAGAAAAAAAAAUAUAUAUACAGCAUUGCAGAUGAUUAUAAAAUAAACAAUCCUAGGAUGUUAGGAUUGUAUUAUUAUAGUGAACUUAUACAGUACUGUAUAAAGUACAGUACUUAACUAGUUAAUUAAUUUGAUAUUUAAAGGAGAUUAAAGAAUACUGUAGCUUAAUUUAGACUAUGAUUACCCCAUGCACCUUUGUUAUUCAAUUUAUGAAAUUGUACAAAAAAAAUUUUUUUUUAAGAAAAGCAGAAAAUCAAGCUAUCAAAAAUGUAUCAUUUAUCACCGUUUAUGACCCUUUUCCUUAUUCUUGUAUCAAAAUACCUUAGUACCUGUACUACUAUGGUAACUUUAUGCAACUGCAAUAUAAAGAUUUACUCACAGACACACCUAUCUAUUAAAUACCUGUACUGUAAUGAGUUUAUUUCAACUAUUAACAUGAUACACUACUUCAGUGCAGAACUUCAGAAUAACAGAAAAACACCAAAAGUCAACAUAAACAAGUACAAAGUUAUUAGGGUUGCAAAAUGAGUAGAAAUUUUUUCAAGAAUCACAAGGACAUGUAAUUAUCCAUUAGCAAAAUCGAUAAUGAUAAUUCAUAAUUUGGGAGCCACAUCCUUGUUCUCCAUGUUCAACACCACAUCUGUUAAAGGAGUCAUGAAGGAAAUAAAAAUUUUGAACAUUU